CGAGUCUUGAGAAAAUUCUGACGUCACAUAAAAAGGAAGUAGAGGAGGAUUUCAAGAUAUGAUUCAGAUUUGUGCAGCUGUAGACAGACACACAUGCACACAAACUCCUGCAGUUUCUAUUAAUGAACCGGCCAGUCGAGCUGUGAACAGUGCUGUGGGUCGUUGGUAGCCACCAUGAUGGAAACGCCUAACACAACGCCAGACGUUUAUGAAGACUAUUCGCUGAUGACCGGCAGAACCGUUCAGUGCAACACCAUCGCCAUCAACAACUUCUGCCAACAUUUUCUUCCACCCUUCUACUACGUCAUCUUCAUCGCCAGCGUACUGGGCAAUGGAGUGGUUCUGCUCGUCCUCUACAAGUUCGAAAAGCUCAACACGGUCACAAAUAUAUUCCUCAUGAACCUGGUGGCCUCCAACCUCAUCUUCACCCUCACGCUCCCGUUUCAAGCCGUUCAUCAUUCGGACCAGUGGAUCUUCGGAGAAGCUCUGUGUAAGCUGGUGACCGGCGCAGACUAUCUGGGCUUCUACAGCUCCAUCCUCUUCCUCACCCUCAUGACGUUCGACCGCUAUCUGGCCGUGGUGCAUUGCGUUGUCGCCAACAAACGACGCAGAAGCUGCUACGCUGUCGUGCUGUCUGCAGUCGUCUGGAUCAUUAGCGUCCUCGCCAGCCUCCAACCCUUCAUCCAUUUCACUGUUGAAGAGUAUCCGAUGGAAGGACUGGUGUGCGAAGACUCCAGCGAUGCUCAGUGGAGAGUCUUCAGUCUCUAUAAGCAGCUUGUGUUGUUUUUUAUCCUGCCGCUGACUGUAUUCGUCUACUGCUACUUCAGGAUAACGCUGACCGUCCUGGCCAUGCGGAUGGUAGGCAAACAUCGCACCGUGUGGCUCAUUUUCAUCAUCGUCCUGAUGUUUUUCGCAUUCUGGAGCCCGUAUAACAUCAUCAUGAUGAUCAAUGAGAAUCAGGAUCCUAGACAGUGUAAUAGCAGCCUUCUGUACGCACAGUACGUCACUAGUAACAUCGCUCGCUUGUAUUUCUGCAUUAACCCUGUGCUUUACACCUUUCUGGGAAGGAAGUUUCAGAAUCAUGUGCGAGGCGUGUUAGUGAGCCAGGUCCCGUGUUUAUCAGACCGGAUCAGUGUCAGCGCAAGUAGCAGAACUUUAGCUAAAGACUGAAUGAUUACAGUGAAGCGUUGUGCUUUCAUUAACAGUCACGCUUUUAUUCUACAUGUCUUUAUAGAAAAAGUGCAAUGAACUUGGUUGAUGUAUAU